UCUGGGCCAGCAAAGGGCCGUCAUUCUUUGGGGUAUGUGGGCCAGGUUUAAGUGUAUUGUGUGGGCCAGAACCGGGCCAGACCAAUUUUGCUACCUGGGUGAAUGGUCAUUCUGUUGGUUUUAUUAGUUUAUUGUCAGGGAGGCAUUAGCAGGCAGUCUGCAAAAUAGUGAUAGAUUUAAUUUCUCAACAAACAAACGCAAAGUUGUUGUGUAAUUUAGUAAUGGGUAAGAUAAGGACCCUCUGUUUUAAUCCAUUCUAUUCGAAGGGGAAAAAAAAGUUUUCUGUCGGUAUUAAUACUAAGUAUUGGAGCAUGUGGAGCAUGUGUUUAUGAGUUUGAAUGCACUUGCUAUAUACUAAAAAAUAAAAUUGAAUUAGGAGUGGGGUAGUGGUGAGUGAGACACAUAGAAAUACAUUUUAAAAGUAAGACUUAACUAUUUGUUUGUGUUUAACACAUGUUAAGAGACUGAUACGGGCAACAUGAGCUUAACGACAACUGGCCCACAUAUGGCAUGGACAGAUCUGGGCCACAUAUACCAAAUCAUAUUUGGGCCACAUAUGGCAUGCCAUGGUAUAAACAGAGCCAUCAUUGCCAGACCUGGCCCAGAUCCGGUUGACAUACCACUUGCCAUGCCAGCAGUUGGCCAGAAGUGCCGGCGCGAUACCAGAUCUGGCCCAGACCUGUCUGCUACCUGGAGAUCUGUGCUGCAGAUCUGUGUUCAGCCUCUGUAUGAACUAACCGGUCAAGUGACACCUCAAAGCAGCUCACCGUCCAUAUGGACUGCAUGUGUUUAUCCUGAUAAUCUUUGCUAAAGGAUUAAAGUGUUUUCCGGUGGAGGAGGACACUGCAAGGACAUAUUCUAUCAUCUGUCUGUAAUGCCUCCGUCACAGAGCUCUAUAAACUGGACUUUAGUAGAGUUAUUGGGGCAGCGAAGGAUGUUGGGACUUGGAGCUCUGCUGGCAUGGCUUGUCCUCUUUCAUCUCUUGGUGAACGUUUGGCUCCUCUGCAUCUUCACCAGCCUCUUGGUGGUUCUCGGUGGUUGGCUUGGGUCCCGGGCCGCACUGGAUGCUAACAGCCUUCUCCACUUGGAACACUUUUUGCCUCUAGGUAAAGUGAAACCACCUCUGUAUUCACCUGAGCAUGAGUGGAGGUUGAACCAUGAGAUCCACAGUGCUGUCCACAAAGCAGUGCGUGACUUUGUGUCCUCUUGGUAUCGCACUCUGCUGCCUGACGUUGAGGGAGAGUUUGAGCGUGCAGUGCGUCAUUCAAUGCUGGAAUCCGUGAUGGAGCUGAAAGAGCGAGCGCAACAAGUAGAUAGAAAAGCACUGGUGCAACGGUUGCUAGAGCUAUAUGGCUGUCACCUGCAGAGCUACAUGACCGUAAGACAGAUACAAUCAACACAGAAGGAACGCAUUAGCCUGUGGCAGCUCUACAGUGAAGUAGAGUCCCCUCAUCCAGCUAUGAGGAGUGAAACUGCUGAGCUCAACUACUCCAGAGCUUUAAUAAACCUUGUAUUACAUGUCCUUGUCCCAUACCCUCAGAUGGAAACCAGGACUGGAGGUUACAUGGUCACAGAGCUCAUCACCUGUAAUGUGUUAUUACCGCUCAUUAGCAGAGUAUCUGACCCAGACUGGCUCAACCAGACGAUUGUAGAUAUAUUCACCAAAUCCAGAGAACCACAGGAAAUUAAUGUGGAUGAUAUCUCAGCAGAAGCACUUUACAAAUGUGAGACCCUGCAGGAGUCCUGGACCACCUGUAAGUCAUUGUCUUCAUGCGAUCAAGCCGGUCUCAGCAGCAAAAGCACCUCUGAUGUUGAUGAUCCACAGAGCCAGAGUGCAAUCUCAGGAACAGACUCUUCCCAGUGCAGCAGGUUCAGCCUGAUGUCUGCUGAGAAAAUACCCAGCUGCCACGCUGGUUUACACACAUCAUACAAGGGGAACUGCUGUUUACUCCCAUCUGGCCUCUAUUCCCACUUAUCUGUGUCCAAAAUAGUUUCAAUGGACUCACUUAUUCAGUCAGACUUAGAAGAUGACCGGACAGGAAGUUUUUGUGACUGUGGUCCUCCUACUAACUUCUGCAACUUACUAUCUGUUAAGGAUGACGAAGCCUUAGGUUGUUUUGCUCCUUUGAGAAAUCUUGGACCAAAGGUGGUGCUUCCUGAGGAGUCCCAAUGGCCAGCAGGCAUAACCCAAGAAAAAUCCCCAUCUUGCCCUCGAAGGAAGCUGUGUCUAACCUCAUACAACUUUGAAGCCUCAAACAACCCAGCUUCACCUGUUAACGUCCAGAAAGUGCAGAUUUCUGGAACUGUCAAUGCAAAGGAGCAGCGCAGCACGGGUACACAUCCCUAUACUCUCUACACUAUAAAGUUUGAGACAGUGGCUGAUGGUGGUAACGGUGACAUUCUGCAACCUGCAGUCUCUCACUCUGUCAGUCGCAGAUACAGUGAGUUCCUCAACCUGCAGACACGUUUAGAGGAAAAACCGGAUGUCAAGAAAUUAAUCAAAAAUGUUAGAGGCCCCAAAAAGAUGUUUCCUGAUCUUCCCUUUGGCAGUCCAGACAGUGACAAAGUCGAAGUCCGAAAAAGCCAGUUAGAUGCCUUUCUUAAACAAUUAUGCAGCAUUCCUGAAACAGCCAAUAGUGAAGACAUGCAGGAGUUCCUAGCUAUCGACAGCGAUGUUUGCACAUAUUUUGGGAGAAAACCGGUCAGCAAAUCAAGAAUAGACAAGAUGAUGGAAAAUGCAUUAGACACUUUGAGGACAGCUUUCCCUCAUCCUGAACUCCUCAGUCCAACAGAGGACAUGGAAGGAGACACUGAUGGAAGAAUAAUGGACAGCAGGAAGUACAGGAGGUUGUUCCCAAGCAAAAUAUCCCCCUCUGUCAAUUUACUUGACCUACAUCCCAAAGUGACAUACUGCUUCAGUGAAGGGAGUGCUAUCCUUAACGGCAUGCCACUGUCUGGCCUGGAAAGCUUUGUCAGAGAGCAGGAGAGACUUCUGUAUGGGCUGAACUCGACAGAAACAGCCAAGCAGAGCUGUGGGCCACAAGCCAAAGACAAGAGGAUGUCAGGGAAAAGUCAUGGGACAGACACAGCGGUGGCAGAUGUUGCUUUAAACAUCUUGUGUCUGCUGAUGAAGGAUCAGUGGAGUUGGCUGUGCACAGAGAACAUACAGAAGACCAUCAGACUUCUCUUUGGUACCUUCAUUGAGAGAUGGUUGGAUGUAGGCGUUGCCCACCUAACCAGUGCCCCCUGCUGGGUGAUUUACCUACAAGUUCUGCAGGAAGCUGUGUGGCCCGGUGGUACACUGCCUUCUCAACCACAGCCCGAGCGGAGUGCUGCAGAAAGACAGGAGACUAAAGAACAAUGUUUGGACUGUCUAAUGCAGCUUCUCCCUGAGCUCAUUACUGACAUGCUGGGCAGUGAGAAGUACAGGUUGAGCUUGGAGACCAUGUUGGAGUCUUUUCAGGACCAUCAGAUAAACAAGCAUCUGAUCUUCUGCAUCUGCGACCUCCUCCUGGAGUUACUGAUCCCUGAGUCAUGUGAUGAGGCCUUUCAGAAAUCUUUGCUGCAGAGCCUGGUUAAAGACACAGAAAAAGACAGUCCUCAUAUGUGAUCAGCAUGAGCUAUACACACAAAUGGAUGGAAGUGAUUCAGUUGAUGGAUGUGGUAUGUUUGUAAAAGCCCUUUACACACUAAAGCAGCAAAUAAAAGACUUCACUGACUUCAUUUCAUUGACAUUCAUAAUGAACUCCUCCCUUUUGUGACUUGCUUUGCUCUAAUGAUGGAAAUAAGGAAAAUGUGUGCAUAUUUGUUUAAUACCUAACGGGGGUAAAGAGCAGGAAAACAAGAGUGGUACUAGUAUGCGCUGAUGAAUCCCACAGUCAGAUAUCAGCUUUGCAUUAUGGGCUCUUGGAACCAAAUGCAAACAUUACAAAUAGCAUCCAACUCUAUUAAUAUUAAGAAUAUUUUCUACAGGCAAAACAAACACAUACUCUCUUACUGUUACUUCUUUUCCUUGACACAUUUAUUCAUUCAGAUUUUGUUGGAAAUACUGAACAUGCUUUUUGCGGAAGCUGGUUGGAACUAUGUUAGUCAAUAUGUUUGUGAUUUACACCUGAAUUAUGAGUUUAAAGGCUCAAACUUGAAUUAUAAACUGAUGGAUUAAACUGAUUUGAUAUAAGAUUUUUUGAAUAUAUUCUGUAGAGUGUUUAGGAUUGGCAGUGGAGCUUUAUUCUGUCCCUUAUUCCCUUUCUUUUUCCAACAAAUGAGACCCAGCUGAGACUUGUGUCAUCUUACAGUAGAAUCAGCUUGUUUGUUAGUGACUGUGGUUUAGUUUCUGCUCAUUUCACAUGGAGCUGAAAGUAGCUGCUGAACUUCACACUGCUGUUGCUUCAAACUCUGAUUUCCUGACUGGUGUAGGGGAAUUUAUGGGAAUCCCCUUUUCUUCAGGCCAUCUGCAAAGAUUGAAAGGUUUUAUAAUUAGCUUCUCACUGCCAGAGUCAUAAAAAUGCUGUUGUGUUCAUGGAUGAGUUUCUGAAUUUUCUUCUCCUAAACGUUCUACUUUGCCCAGCUUUGAAAAGCUGUUUACCUACUUCUAUCAAAGGUUAAUUACUUCACUUAAAAUUUAAUUAGAUUUAACUGAUGUUUUCACUGAGAAUUAAAUGUAAGUUUUGUUUUAAAGUUUGAUUUGAAGAGUACAGAUUAGCAUUUUUGCUGACCCUCUUUGCAAAGCAUCUUUCUUUAAAUAAAUUAUUUAGACAUUGAUACUAAGAGUGCCAUAUAUGUGACGACUUGAACUGUUUGACAUCUUUAACUAUUUGAAAUUGCGUGCUUUCAAUAAAUCA